AUGGCUGCUGAAAGCAGUGCCGUACCCCGCAUCUCAGAGAUGACGCUGGCGCUUAUGGAGGAUAGCGGCUGGUACCGGGUGCUCGGCGGCCUGGGCACAGAUUCUGACAGCGCAGCCGGACACUUCAUCUUUGGUCGAGGGAAGGGCUGCGGCUUCCUUCAGCAGAGCUGUAUCAUUGACAAGCAGAGUGCCUUCCCGGAUACCUUCUGCACAGAAAGCCAGGGAAGCUGUGUGAAUCCCAACGCAGGAACCGUCACCUGCUCCCACGACCACUUAUCCUUGGGAGCCUGUACCAACUGUCUGCAUCAAGCCGCUCUGCCUACCAGAUAUCAGCAUUUCGACGAUCCGAGGUUGGGAGGCAUCGCUCAGUAUAUUGGCUAUUGCCCUACCGUGGAGCCUUUCUGGUCCUCCGGGCAACCGACCUCUUGCACAACUGGUGGUGGGGUGUACAGUGCCGGGGUUUCACAGCGCUUUGGAGAGUCCCAUGGCCCUGCGUCACGCUGCGUGCUUUCCACGGCGAUAGUCUCAGGCUAUGUGCCGCCAGCCCAGCCAAUGGGGACCUGCCGGGACAUAUCCUGCCUGGAGGAUGGGCUGCGAAUCAGGAUUGGUGCGGACAACUUUGUGAUCUGCGGUAAGAAUGAGGCAGGCGUCCAGAAGCACGCCCAUGGCCAAUUUGAAG